AUGGAUAAUAAUGUGGGUAGUUGUGAUAUGGACAAUCCUGACGUUAUAUCAGAAGUGGGAUCGAACGAACAUCAAUCGGAAAACAUAAAAUCUGCGGAUGGCCCCGCGGCGACAAGACUGCUCUCGAAUAUGGAGUAUAUGUUAUCCCGUAUUAGUGCAAUGUCACAACCAUCUACCGCUGUCAAUACUGUUAAACUAAUUGAAUUUGAUCCUAACGAUCCAGAGGCUGACGUUGAAGGUUGGUGUAAUGUCACCGAAAUCAUAGUGCAAGAAAAGCGUCUUGAGGGUGUGGAAUUGCUUAUAGCACUUACCAAAGCGCUUAAGGGUCAGGCUGCGACUUUCUUAACCAAAAUAAACCUCCAAGACCUAAAAUGGAGUACUGUUAAAGAUACUUUGUUAGCAAGAUUCGCUAAGCCUAAAUUCAUACAAGACCAUUUCGAUGAUAUUUUAAAAUUUCAAAUUGGUUCUAAAGAAACCGCGCCAGAGUCAGCACUGCGUUUAUGGAACUUGAUCGAGCGCAUACCAAAAGUUGAAUUCCCUGAGGAAGUUAUUACAGGAUUCGUAAUAUCGGUGUUAUGUCAAAAAGACUAUGUUAUACGAAGAGAAUUGACUACACAUGUGAUUGCUACUCGCGCUCAAUUAUUUCGGGUUCUAGGUGGUAUAUCACUGAAGCGACGGUCAGAUGUUAAUAAUGGAAAUCAAGAGCCUGACGUAAAGCGGUCACGGAUUGACUCGAAAUUUCCUGGAAAAUGCCAUUGGUGUGGAGUGUCUGGUCAUAGACAAGCUGACUGUAGAAAGCGAAAGGAAGAUAUCAACACUGCGAAGAUCCAGGAUCAAUCAAGCUCUACUUCUACACGUGGUCAAGACAAUCUAACUGUUUGCUGUUACACGUGUGGGAAGCGUGGUCAUGUUUCUACUGCCUGCCCAGAAAAGAAGAUGAAGGACGGGAUUGAACGAAGGGAAGUCAACCUAUGUGGACAUCGGCUUUCGAGAUCUACCUUAGAGACAUCCACUGGUGAGAGAUUUCCAUUUUUAUUUGAUAGUGGAUCGUCCUGUUCCCUUUUGACUGAGAGUAUCCGCGACCGGUUCCCGGGUAUUGUACGCAAUAAUACUGUGUAUCUUACUGGUAUAGGAGGUGAUGAAGUACAAUGCACUUCACAAAUAUUAAGUACAGUAAAAAUCAACGAUAUCUCGGUUGAUCUAGUAUUCCACGUCAUACCUGAUUCAGUAAUUUCUGUGCCAGUUAUAGUAGGUAGAGAUAUUUUAAAUGAGGGUUUUUGCGUUACGAUAGAUGACGACAAACUUAUGUUCAGGACCAAGGAGCGCGCGAACUUUUGCGAAAAUAAGAAGGUUGGGUUUGAUUUUUCCCUAAUCGAUACAGAUUUGGAAGGGGAGGAUAAAAUAUUGCUGUCAAAGAUAAUUAAUAAAUAUUCAAGUUAUUUUAUCGACAGUCAACCUACGCGGCGCGUUAAAACGGGACAGUUAGAGAUUAAAUUAAUAAAUCCUUUUAAAGUAGUUCGUAGAUCGCCUUAUCGCCUAGCACCCGUAGAGAAAGAAAUAGUCCGCGAAAAGGUAAGACAACUGUUAGAUGCAGGUAUCAUUCGGGAGAGUUCUUCCCCUUUCGCUAGUCCAAUACUCCUUGUGAAGAAAAAGGAUAAUACAGAUAGGAUGUGCGUUGACUAUCGGGAACUAAAUUCAAACACACAACCCGAACAUUAUCCCUUGCUCCGAAUUGAGGAGCAAAUAGAUCAACUUAAUGGCGCUAAUUACUUUUCCUCACUGGAUAUGGUCAGUGGAUUCCACCAAAUUUUGAUUCACCCCAAUUCAAUUCAUAUGACCGCAUUUGUAACACCAGAGAGCCAAUACGAGUAUCUCGCGAUGCCUUUCGGAUUACGCAAUGCACCGUCAGUUUACCAGAGAUGCAUCACAAAAGCACUGUAUAACCUCACUGAUAAGCCUCUCAUCUAUAUGGAUGAUGUUUUGUGUUAUUCCCCUAAUAUUCCGCAGGGUUUAGAGCGUCUGGAUAAAGCGUUGAAUGCCCUAACUUCAGCAGGUUUUUCAUUUAAUCCUCAAAAGUGUAAGUUUAUGAAACAAAAAAUAGAGUAUCUUGGUUAUUCUUUGCAGUCUGGCGAAAUUAGACCCAAUUCCCGUAAAAUUCAGGCAUUAGUCGAGGCACCCUCACCAAGUACAGCUUCACAAGUUUUUUCGUCAAUUUCUCGGGUUAGCAUCAUAUUUUAG